AUGUUGGUUGACAGUGGGGCAGGGUUGAAUCUGAUUUCCCCCAAGGUAAUCAGCAAAUUGCAAAUAUCAGAUGAAGAGCUCAAGGUUAUAGGCACGUUUCAAGGAAUCAACCCCGGAAGGAGUCGUCCUAAGGGAAAGAUCACACUGUUGGUGGUGUUUGGAAGAGAAUUGAACUACCAGACCGAGAAGAUUGUGUUCGACGUGGUCGAGCUUCCUUUGCCGUACAAUGGGAUCCUUGGUCAUCCAGCUCUGGCAAAAUUCAUGGUGGCAUACCACUAUGCCUAUAAUACUCUGAAGAUGCGAGGACCAAUGGGAGUCAUCUCCAUCCCAUCAGACAAGAAGGACACAAUCAUAUGCGUGGAUAAGAUGUACCGGGAUGCGGUCGCUGUCGAGGCCGCAGAAGUUGCAGUUCCUGCCAAGGAAGAAAGGAAAGAAAGCUAA